AUGGUUCACGCCGUGAACUUCGAUCGCAAGAUGAUUUUAUUGGCCUGCCGGCUUGCACAUGACUUGGACAUGAAAAAUCUUCUUCUAAACGUGCUGAAGGCUCUUCUUGAAACGUUAAACCUCCGAGAGAACGUGGGGAACAGCACUGAAGCCAUGACAUUGGUAAGAUGUAUUAUCAGGCUUAUUGUGAAACUCCUUGGAGAACCUGCUGCCGAUUUGAACCGUUUAGUGGCGGCAUUACUUCACCACCUGAACAUUGCGGUGACUGUGGCAGAAUCCUGUGAACAGCCAGCCAUGCUUUCAAGAGAUGUAUCCUGGCUCUGGAGGACUGCAUAUAAUUGUGCUAUCCAAGCUUGUUCCGAUUGGGAAGACAGAGAAGAUCAAAUAUCUGACAUCUUUGACGCAGCGAGACGAGUCAGUGACUUUCUGACGACUAUUCUUCCUGGGGUUAAUCAGAUCACGCAGCUUCUCGAACUCUACACUCUACACGCAACUGUAGACGUGGACCAAGCUAUCUAUAUUUACUUGGUGAAUGCCUCAUUUGCAUCCGCUUCGGGCCGUGUUAUGUCUUUCAGACGUUUGCGGUCGCAGACGGAAUCGAUUGAUUCUGGAAAAUACCGCGAUUUGUUUAACAACAUCAAUCAAUCAUUACAACGUAUUAGCAAGGUUUUGCGAGAAGAGAAGGUAUCACAAGAAGACCUUCCUCGACUUGAAUCAUCCUUGCAGAUUUUACGAGUUUUCAUAGUCGAAGUGGCAUCUCACCUGUCAGAUUGGACCACGGUCUUGGCCACCAUUGAGGAACGUUAUAAUUCCCUCAUUUACAGGUCAGACAACUUAUUCUACAUGCAGGAAGCAUCUCGCUCUGAUCGCGAUUCGUUGGAGACGUACGAGGCAUUCGCGGACGCUCUAUGGGAAGACAAAAACUGUCCCAUACACGUCCUUUUCACAGCGCUAGAGGCCACACUUCAUGCGUGCUUGGCCCGCGGACACUUUUCUUUGGAGAAAUUUGCUCGAGCCGAUCGAUCCAAGGCGAUUAGAUACGUGGAUCAAGCUAUCGCUGUCCUGGAGGAGCACGGCGACGCUAGGAACGGCGGUGAACUGCUCUAUCCUCUGGACGAGCGUCAGUGGCUUCUGAGCACAGCGUACAACACUGGCCUCGAGUGUCUCCAUGCGUCCAUGGUUGAUGAAGCAAAGCGUUGGUUCGAAUGCUCCACCAUUAUCUGUCGCUUCGUUCCCGAUGGUCGGCAACGUGCAGAAAAGCGACCUCUUAGCACGCUACCCGACUAG